AUGAAAACAACCCCCCCUGUUCACUCCGAAUGGUACAGGCUCCUCAGUGACGCUGCCAUCUCUGCGGAUAUUUUUUAUCCCUCAUUAAAGCUUGUCAGUUGCGGUAUGAAAAGUAGCUAAACUGAGGUUUGGGAAUACAAUCUCCUGACAGUGGUGUAGACAUGUCACCUGAAAGACAGCGCAGAGGGAGUGCUGUUUACAUGUUGUACAGAGGGACGUGCUAGAAGAGGCUGCAGAGUUCUGACAGAAGUCGGGUUGGAGCAGCAGCAGGGUGAUGACGCUUUCUCUACGGUGCUGAGUGAACUGGAUCGGCAUACGUAAUACUUCCUGUCAGCUGGAAUCCACACAUCCGGACUCCAUGUGAAAGGGGGGAACGGGUUCUGCCAAUCUCUGAACACAGGAAUCCAGAGGGUGAUGCAAAAUGUCCCCGAGGAUAUGAACCUCUGUAGGGGCUGUGUGCUCUUUAGUGGACUGUAAUAACAGUAUAAUGACUGUAGGACCUCCAUGAACUGCAGCUAUCAUCUCAUGCUUGGUUCUUGUCCCUGGAGGCAUUCAGAGCUGCCAGUUGAGAACCUGUUUACCCCACAGGAAUGAUCUAAAGGCUGAUCCACUUAAAGAUAUCAACGCCUCAUGCUGCUUUCUUCUGAAACGGACUGUAUAAACAAAAGGUGGUGAAACCUUGUCUCCAACAAGCUCCCUUUACCCACUCACUCCUUUAAGAUAAGUUUUGUUCCAUAUCCUGCAAAAAAUGUCUUCAGACUGGGGUGAGAAGUCCACUGCAGACCUGAUGAGCAGGUAUGUUUCCAAGGAAACAGGAUAUGGAGUUCCCAAGGAGGGUUGGCGGAUCUGUCUGGCACACGAGUUCAAGGAGAAGAGGAAACCCUUUCAGGCUAAAGACGUCUCGCUGUCCAAUGUUUUGGAGCAUGUCGGCCUUGGGAUCAGGUAUCUAAAAUGGUGGUACAAGAAGACCCAGGUGGAAAAGAAAGCUCCAUUCAUUGAUAUGUUUCGUGCUCAGCCUUUACGCCAAAUAUACGGUGCUCCACUCGGUGGUAUCGGAGGAGGAACUAUCACCAGGGGCUGGAGGGGGGAGUUCUGCAGGUGGCAGCUCAACCCUGGAAUGUAUCACUACAAAACUGUUAUAGCAAACCAGUUUACAGUAUGCUUGCGGCGAGGGGGACAAACGGUUUACCAGCAGGUGCUCUCUGUCGAGCGUCCGCCCACAUUACAAGGCUGGAACUGGGGUUACUGCGGAGAGUUCGCCUUCUACCACGCCCUCUACCCCCGAGCUUGGACCGUCUAUCAUCUGCCAGGACAGAACGUGACUCUAACCUGCAGACAGAUCUCGCCAGUCAUCCCACAUGACUACCAGGACUCAAGCAUCCCUGCCGCAGUGUUCGUGUGGGACAUAGAGAACAAGAACGACUUCGCUCUGGAGGUCUCCAUCAUGCUCACUAUGGUCAACGGGUCGGGACACAAAGACGACAAGAGCGGGGGACACUGGAACGAACCAUUCCACCUGGAGAAGGAGGGGGAGGCGGUGUCUGGGGUCCUGUUACACCACUGCACCACAGUGAACCCUUACACUCUGUCCAUCGCCGCCCGAGAGCAGCCGGACAGAGAGGUCAGUCACCAGACGGCGUUCAGUCCAAAGGGAACCGGUAGCGGCCUGUGGAGUGACCUCAUCACUGACGGACGGCUGGACUCUCCUACAGGAUCCAGCCCGCCGACGCCUAAAGGAGAAAAAGUGGCGGCGGCGUUAGCAGUCGGCUGCUCAGUGGCGGCUCAGGGACACAACACUGUGGAGUUCUGCUUGGCCUGGGACAUGCCCAAAAUCACCUUCGGCUCCAGGGAGAGGGAACACAUCAGGAGAUACACUCGUUACUUUGGUAUUAAAGGAGAUGCGUCCCCCUCGCUCAGUCACUACGCACUCACACACUACAGACAGUGGGAGAGGAGCAUUGAGGAGUGGCAGAGACCCAUUCUGCAGGACAGUUCCCUCCCUUCGUGGUACAAGUCGGCUCUGUUUAACGAGUUGUACUUUGUGGCGGACGGAGGGACGGUGUGGACGGAGCUGCCGGAGGAUGCUGACGUCAGCGGUGGCAUUCGCAGCAAGGACGGAGGGCUGCCAGCUCAGCCUGAUGUCAUCAAGGAGUACGGACGUUUCGCUUACCUGGAAGGUCAGGAGUACAGGAUGUACAACACAUACGAUGUGCACUUCUAUGCGUCCUUUGCACUCAUCAUGCUGUGGCCCAAACUAGCUCUGAGUCUGCAGUAUGACAUCGCUGGCAGUGUGGUUCAGAAGGACCCGAUGGAGAGGCUUCAUCUGAUGAGCGGGCAGUACUCUCCUGUCAAGGCCAAAAACGUGGUCCCUCAUGACAUCGGAGACCCAGAUGAUGAACCCUGGCAGAGGGUGAACGCCUACCUCAUCCAUGACACGGCGGACUGGAAGGACCUGAACCUGAAGUUCGUCCUGCAGGUUUACAGGGACUUUCAUCUCACGCAGGACAUGCAGUACCUGCGGGACAUGUGGCCUGUCUGCGAGGCGGUGAUGGAGUCGGAGAUGAAGUUCGACUUGGAUGGAGAUGGACUGAUAGAAAACUCUGGAUAUGCUGACCAGACCUAUGAUGGUUGGACGGUAACUGGACCAAGUGCGUACUGUGGCGGCCUGUGGUUGGCAUCUCUGUGUGUGAUGUGUAAGAUGGCCCGACUGGUGGACAGCGAGGAGACAUACCUACGAUACAGGGACAUUUUGGACAGGGGCAGUGCUGCUUUUGACAAACUACUGUGGAACGGUAAAUACUACAACUAUGACAGCAGUGGAAGGGACCUUUCUAACAGUGUCAUGUCUGAUCAGUGUGCUGGACACUGGUUCCUAAGAGCGUCAGGGCUGGGAGACGGAGACUACCAGGCGUUUCCAAAAGAUAAAAUCCAGACUGCACUAAAAUCUGUCUUUGACUUGAAUGUGAUGAGCUUCGCUGGAGGUCAGAUGGGAGCAGUGAACGGCAUGCGCCCAGAAGGGGUCGCUGACCGCUCCAGUGUUCAGUCAGACGAAGUCUGGAUCGGAGUGGUGUAUGGACUUGCAGCCACUAUGAUCCAUGAGGGUAUGUAUGAAGAAGGUAUGCGCACGGCGGAGGGCUGUUACCGAACUGUGUGGGAGAGACUAGGCAUGGCCUUCCAGACUCCUGAAGCGUACUGCGAGAAGGGCAUCUACCGCUCCCUGGCAUACAUGAGGCCUCUGAGCGUGUGGGCCAUGCAGCUGGCCCUGAAUAUGUCACAGAAGGCCCAGAACACGCCGGCACAGAACGGAGCAUCUGAUGGAGAGCAGGGACAAGAUUAAAGAGAGCUAGGACCUCAGAAUAAAAACUGUUGUGUUGGGUGUGGUACAGCAAGCUCCUUUUGUGAAUCACCUUUAAACUCUCCAGCAGCUACCAUCCUCAUCUGCACUCCACCUCCAUCUCCGAUGUGAUCUGAGACGGACUUUGAAUCUGACUCUCUGUUCUCAGUUAGAGACUAAGAUGUUUUUAUCUUGACAAAGUCAGUAGCUACUGUAGAUCAUGAUAUUUGAUGUAGAGUGCAAACGUUUUAAAGAGACUGCUAAUGGUUCCUGUGUUUUUUAAGAUGUGCAAAGACAAGUGGUAGCCAGUGAUUUUAAGAGUAUGUCUAUUUACACUACAUUUCCCGAUCAUGUCAAAACCAAUGUUUGCAUACUUUAUAUGCUAACCAUCUAAGGACUGUUGUUUAUUAUACCAGCCCCAUGUAGUCAUUUCUGUCUUUUAACAGUUGAAUCAACAUCAGUGAACCUUUAAAUAACUUUAACUGUAUUUGAAUAAUGUCUCAAUAAAAAUAUGGACCCUUAAA